AUGAAACCUCUCCUUGUGCUAGUGCUCUGCUGUAGUUUCUUUUCUAGCAGAGCCACCCCUCUUCCGUUUGAGUUUUCAGACUGCGAUGACCCCGAUGUCUUGGAAGCCGUUGAUACAGCACUGAAGAAAUACAAUGGAGAUAGGACAACUGGUAAUCAAUUUGCUCUAUAUGUGGUGACGGAAGCCAAAAGAAGAGCAGGUCCUGACACACAAUUCUAUGUGAAAUAUCAAAUGCGAGAGACCACUUGUGCCAUUGAGGAAAACAAACACUGGAAAGACUGUGAUUACAAAGUACCUGCAGAAGCUGAAACUGGAGAAUGCACAGCUCAAGUUCAAAUUAAUAAGGCUGAAAAAACAAGUAACGUUUCACAAGAUUGCAAAACUGUUCCAGCUGCAACAAAGAUAACAGUCGCUGAGGCUGCAUGUCUUGGAUGCUUUCAGCCUCUAUCAACUGACUCUUUACAAGUGUCAGAAAUUCUGAAAAAAGCCAUUCAAAAGUUUAAUAAGCACAGUGAUGAAGCCGCCCUUUUUAAACUUAUUGAAAUAAAAGAAGCAAAAAUACAGGUGGUAGCUGGAUGGAAUUAUAUAAUUAAAUAUGAAAUCAAGGAGACGAAUUGUUCCAAAGACCAAUUUCAAGAUUUAAGUCCAGAAUGCAAAACCACUUCUACAGGGCGUGUAGGUAACUGUGAGGCCAAAGCAUAUGAAAAUCUUGCUGCGCAGAUCAUAGAUAUUGCAAGUCAGUGCAAGUUCCCAGUUGAAGAAAUGGUAAAUCCUCCCACUCGCAUUUGUCCUGGUUGUCCAAAGACUAUCCCAAAAGACAGCCCAGAAUUGAAAGAACUACUGGAGGUUUGUAUGGAGAAGUACAAUUUGGAGACCAAUGAUGAUUUCUACUAUAAAGCUGGAGACAUAGAAGAAGCAACUGUUCAGGUGGUUGCAGGGAAAAACUACCAUAUAGUAUUUACAGUCAAGAAGACAAACUGCUCAAAGAAAGAGUUUGAAAAACUUAAUGAAGACUGUGAAGUCACAGCUGACAGCCUACCACUGAAAUGUGAAGCACAAAUUUACGUGAUCCCAUGGCAGAAUAAAAUCUUGCCCCACGUUAACUGCACUACAGCAUAUUUGCCGUUUCUUCUUGCAAGAAGGCCUCCUGGAUUCACCCCCUUUCGAAGUGUAUCCCUUGUACAGUAUCUGCCAGAUAAAACAACACCGUCUGACAAAAAUGAAACGGAAAGUCAAACACCUAGCAAAGAAAUGAGUCAAGAUAAUGGACAUGGACCAGAAGGUGAAGGUGAACCAGGGCAUAAACAUAGGCAUAAACAUGAGCGUGGAUUUAGAAAGGAUCUUGCAACUGACAAAAGGCUUGGGCAAGGCAUUGAUUGUGGGCACAGAACUGGCCAUGGGUGUGGGCAUCAAAAACACAGUAAACAUGGUAAACAUAAACAUCCAAAACCCAAAUCUUCUGAGGAAUCUGAUGAAAGGGUUUUUAAUCACAAGGAAACCCUCCCACCAUCCAAUGAUGAAAUGGUGUCAGAGCUAGUUACUCCUGGGGCUACAAGACAGGAAACUAGUAUUCCUACACAAACAGUACCUCUUCCUGAUAUUUUUUUAUUUAAUGGGUUGCCAGAUCACUCAGAGUCUCCUCUUCCUCGAUGUCCUGGAAAACCAUGGAAGCCAAUUAUGGACCUCCCAGUUCCUUCUAGCUUUCCCAGAGAACUGACAGACGAAGACCUCUUACCUUCUGCAGUAGAAAACAUCAACCCAACAACAGAAAACUCAAAUCCUGCCCAGAAAGAAGAGGCAGACUUUGACCUUUCAGAUGCUUUACAAUAA